AUGAUUUCAUCGUUGAUUGUUAUCUUUACGCUGAUGAUCAAUGCAGGAGCGAUUCUCAAUGUUAAUUUAAAGCGACGAGAUGUGGGUUUUAUGGCGGAUAAUCCGUCUAUUACCGAUAAAAUUCGUGAAUUUCUCGCCAGUUUACAAUACUUUCGGGUGUUUAUUGGCCUAUGGAAUAUUUUAAUCAUAUUCGCUAUGUUUACUGUCUUCGGUUAUUGA